AUGGGUGCCGCACGAAGGGGGGCACCCCGCAAGAAGCUGACCUAUGACAAGCCCGGCCUCACUGAGGAUGAAAUCGAUGAAAUCAAGGAAGCUUUCAAUCUUUUCGACACCGACGGCUCGGGCACGAUUGACCCGGGCGAGCUCAAAGCAGCCAUGAGAUCGCUUGGCUUCGAGACCAAGAACCCGACCAUCUUCCAGAUGAUCGCUGACCUGGACCAAGAUGGAACAGCCAUUAAUUUCGACGAUUUCCUGGAUGCAAUCACAGCUAAGCUGGGCGACAAGGAAAGUCGAGAAGGAAUCCACAAAAUCUUUAACUUGUUCGACGACGACAAAACCGGGACAAUCACCUUGAAGAAUCUUAAGAGAGUCUCAAAGGAACUCGGUGAAACAAUGACAGAAGAGGAGCUCCGCGAGAUGAUUGAAAGAGCUGACACAGAUGGAGAUGGUGCAAUAACCCCAGAGGACUUCUACAACAUCAUGACAAAGAAGACGUUUCCAUAG